AUGGCUCAGCGUCAGCUUUCGCAAACGCUGCCCAAGAACUUCACGUUCCCGUCGCUCAGUACCGAUGAGCCCAAGACCCCCGAACGCGAAUCCACUCACAUUGAAGUUCCCCCCCACCGCGCCAUUCCUUCUCUAGUUGUCGCUUGCCUCGCGUGCGCGUCCGCUCUGGCACUGAUGUUUGCGAGCGCAUCAACUUGGAUCUCUUCCGCUUCCAAGGAUGUUCCGGUGCCCUCCAUUGAGUACCCGCAAGGGAGCUCACCCUCGAACGCGACUUUCUCCGACGACGUUUUGAAUGACGAUCGCUUCCUCGCGCCGCCUCACCAGCGCUUGAUCUUCAAGACUCCCCCAGCACAGAUUCGCGGUGAUCCAUUCGAUGGCAGCGAGACCGAGCAGAUGUGGCCUUCGUGGGACGAGACCCCGGGUCUUCUGGCCCGUGAGAUCAGUCGUCCUGGCUCUGCGUGCUCUGAUUCCUCCAUUGAGUCUGUCGAAACUUACGCGUCACGCCCUUCUGUAGGAGGAAGCUGCACGAGUGUGGAGAGCGACGGUUUUGACCACUUCCCGCUGGAGUUCACCAAGGAGCCUGGUAUGGAGUCUCCCACCCUUCCCCAGAGACAGCACGUGCAGCGAUCCCACGUCAAGGACAAAACCUGGAGUCGCGAGAUGGACAAUCAUCUAUGGAACACAUAUCAGCUGUAUGUGCAAGACCCGACUAUCACCCCGUUCAAGAGAACGCCCGGCAGUAUCCCACCCUUGGGCGUCACGUCCAGAGUCGCGCGUCGUGCACGGCGCACCUGGGAGACCCAGCGACUGCCCUUUACACAGAAUUUCCCGACCCAAUCGAAUGAUCGCAGCGGCAGUUCCACCCCCCGCGCGCGGGAAUCCUCUGUGCAGCCCUCGUGGCCCAAGACGGAUGCAAAGACCCGUAGCCGGCUCAAGCUACUGUGCCGCCGCAAGUUCUCCAUUUCGCCUCACUAUCAGCGCAUCAUGCAGUCCCGCAGCCCGGAGCCCAUUGCCGACACUCUUGGUGUCCCCUCCGAGCCGCGCGUCCGCGACUUUGCCGACAACACGAAUGCAUAUGCUACCCGUGACCUGGGCGUCUCCCUUGUUUCGACUGAUCACUCGGAGGCUCUGGCUCGUAUCACUGAGCAGUCGGUACCCGCAGACUUGAGAUCUGCGUGGCCCCCGGUCUCGUAUGCCAACGCGAUGGCUCCACCCCCAAGUCAACAUUAUCCAUUCCCCGCACUUGAUGUGCCACGUCGUUUGGGAUCACCCUUUAUGUACAGCACAUGGGGACCAGCAGAUUCUCGUCGCCAUGUUCCAGAUGUCCCGACUGCGGCUCGACGAGAGACAAUCCAUGUUCCUACCCGUCGUUUGCGUCGGACCGCCCACUUGGAGAAUACCCCACGAGAGCAAGAUGAUGUGUUCACCAGCAAGGUGAAUGAUGACAAGGAGGCCGUCGAGGACGAGCAAGUUCAGACUCGCUUGGAGCAAUACAUCCGUGAGAACAAGUUCCAAAGCAUCGGCAAGGGUCGCGUUCGCGUUCGCAACCGCGGUGCUACCACCUCUGGUGCCGUUGCACCCCGCGAGGUUGACCAGCUCUUCUCGCCUCCUUCAUCUCUGAACUCGUCUCAAGCUGAAGAGACCACCCCCAUGUCCAAGCCUCCUGUCAACCACUUCUUGAACAUUGGCGGUGAGAAUAUCAAGCGACUGGGGUCGCCCUUCAAGGCCGAUUCCACUUUCAAGCGUCGAGAAGCACAUGGUCGAUUCAUCCGACAUGCACCCUCGCUGUCGGAACCGUUUGCCAAUGGCGGCAUCCCGCCGUAUGUCGCCCCAGCGACAAAUCUUUCUCCCUUCCAGCACCAGGAGAAACCCGCAGCAUCAGUCCUGCGAAACCCUUACGAGGAGGGCCUGUCAGAAGCCGAGCGCAUUCGCCGGCAGAUCUUGACCUUGACUACCUCCAUGCGCGAGUAA